CUUAUUACUCAAUGAUCAAAGCCAUCAUCGAUGUCCUUUUUAUGAGGUUUGUGCCAAAGGCAAAGGCCGAAAGCUCAUAAAUUAUCUUUCACACACACACACAUAUAUAUAUAUACGUCCACGUAUUUAGGUGGUAGUUGAGGUUCUUCUCCAACACCUAGAAGGGUAGAUAACACAGUGACCCGGAAAAUCUCUCUAGAUAAGUAACAUACGUCUCCCUACCUCAAUCCAAUUCCUCUGUCUCUGUCUCUCUCUCUUUCUGAUCAAAGCACUCAACCAGAAGAAACGAUGGCUCCUCUGAAAGAUGAGACCAUUAAAAUGGAAGAAAAUGUGUCCCCUAAGAGAGAAGUCAACAAGGGAUCAUGGACAGCAGAAGAAGAUAGAAAAUUGGCUGAGGUUAUUGCAGUUCAUGGUGCUAAAAGGUGGAAGAUAAUUGCAAUUAAAGCAGGCUUAAAUAGGUGUGGUAAAAGUUGCAGGCUGAGAUGGAUGAAUUAUCUGAGGCCUAACAUCAAGAGAGGAAAUAUAUCAGACCAAGAAGAGGACUUGAUACUGAGGCUUCAUAAACUCCUUGGAAACAGGUGGUCUUUGAUUGCUGGAAGGUUACCAGGAAGAACAGAUAACGAGAUCAAGAACUAUUGGAAUUCUCAUUUGAGCAAGAAAAUAAACCAGAAAGAGAAACAAAGUGGAGCUACAACAAGAGAAGGCUGCAAAGCUCAAAAGAGAGUAGUGGAGAAUGCCAAAGAAGUGAUAGAAGAGAAUACAUCUAGGGGAGGUGAGGACUCAAAUAUCAGCUUUGAUGUGGAUGAGUUCUUUGAUUUCUCCAAUGAGGAUCCCCUGAACUUGGAGUGGAUGAGCAGAUUUCUUGAAGUUGAUGAGGGUUUUAAUUGAACUUUAUGGAAGGUGCAAGAUUUGUUCCUAUCUCCAUGAUCAUGAAUUCAAUGCAAUCCAAGGUAAUCUGUAAGACUUUGUUAGCUAUUCAUGAAUUUGGCAGGGUUCAUGUUUUUUGUCAGCUCUCCUAGUUGCUCAAACAGUGAAAGUGCGGCACGACACUUUUGAUUGGUCCCAAUCACUUAAUGCAGUGAAUAUCCUUCAGUUU